CCUGUCCCUGCUCGCUCAGCCUCCUCCGGUCGUCGCCAUGGUGCAGAUGAUGGAGUCGCAGUGCGAGUAUUUCAUGUAUUUCCCGGCGGUGCCCAUCACGGAUCUGUCGGACCCGGCCCGGUACCGCACUCUGCCCCGCCGGAGUCACCUCUACCUGGGCGAGACGGUCCGCUUUCUCCUGGUGCUGCGCUGCAGGGACGCUGGGGCGACGCCAACCGAGCACGGCCCCGCAGGGGGCACAGACGGCAGUGCAGCCGGUUUUGGGACAGAGUCGGCCAGUAGCCGGGCGUGGAGAGAGCUGGCUGGAUCUCUGUGUGCCGUGGCCAGCGUGAGUCCAGGUGAAAGUAGCCGCCAUCGGGGCAACCACCACCAGCAUCACCACGACUACCAGAGCAGCGGGGAUGAAGCCAACGAUGACGGUGAGGAAGACUACAUUGCAGCAGCAGAGGCAGCCAUUGCGGCGCUCGGCAGCAGGGUGGACUCCCGGUGUCGGAGCUUCAGGGACUGCAAGCCUCUGCUCAUCCACAACUCAUCUGGGACGGCGGUGAGGGAGUUCCGCAGGGCGCCUGUUCAGUCUCCUCUGGACGAGCCAGUGGUUUUGACAGAUGAAGUGAUCUUCCCCCUCACCGUGUCUCUGGACAAACUCCCCGUCAGCACCCUGAAAGUCAAGGUGAUGGUCACGGUGUGGAAGAAGGAGGCAGAGAAAGCGGAGGUGCAGGAGCUCGGCUACCUGAGCGUCCUACAGCAACGAGAGCCAACACACACCUUCAGACACGACCUGAACACCUUCAAAGCUCAGGUGAGCACCACUCUGACCGUCCUGCCGCCUCCCACUGUCCGCUGUAAACAGAUGACCGUCUCUGGGAGACACCUCGCCGUCCUCAAAGUGUUGAACGAGUCUUCACAGGAGGAAGUGAGUGUUCGGGACGUUCGGAUUUUACCAAACCUCAAUGCUUCCUACCUUCCCAUGAUGCCGGAUGGCUCCGUGCUGCUGGUGGACAACGUGUGCCAUCAGUCUGGUGAGGUCGGCAUGGCGUCUUUCUGCAGGGUGGACAGCCUGGCCUGCCGCCUUCCCAGCAUGCUCAGCGCUUUGGAGGAGCACGACUUCCUGUUUCAGCUUCACCUCAAUGACAUGCCACAAGACGACUCCAACGAGGGGCUGGAGGUUCCCCUGGUCGCUGUACUGCAGUGGUCGACUCCCAAGAUGCCUUUCACCAACUGUAUCUACACCCACUACAGGUUGCCUAGUAUCCGUCUGGACCGGCCACGGUUCGUCAUGACGGCCAGCUGUCCCAGCACCGUCAAGGUGAAGGAACACUUCAAGGUCAAAUACAUUCUGCUCAACAACCUGCAGGACUUCCUGGCUGUUCGACUCGUCUGGACUCCAGAGGGUCGAGGUCAAGGUGAGGACGCGUCGCUGGCGGCUGUUGUUUGUCACACUCCUCUCAGUAACCUCGGACACUGUCGCAAAGGCAGCACUCUGUCCUUCAGAGUGGCCUUUCAGAUCCUCAAACCAGGACUGUAUGAGCUGAGCCAACACAUGAAGCUGAAGCUCCAGUUCACUGCCUCGGUGUCCAACCCUCCGCCUGAUGCUCGGCCGCUCUCACGUAAAAACAGCCCGUCCAGCCCGGCGGUUCGAGACCUGCUGGACCGACACCAGGCCAGUUUGGGUCGAUCACAGUCCUUCUCCCACCAGCAGCCAUCUCGAUCCCACAUCAUGAGGACGGGCAGUGCCAUGGAGCGCCGGGCCAUCACCCCUCCCGUUGGCUCUCCUGUCGGCCGGCCGCUUUACCUGCCGCCGCAGGACAAGACGCUGCUGUCGCUGGACAAGAUCGCCAAGAGGGAGUGUAAAGUGCUGGUGGUGGAUCCUGUCAGCUAGGGAGCAAGGACGCAAGGAGGGAGGAGAGGAAAGGACAAGGAAGCAGUGAGAAGAGGCCUCAAAAGGAGGACAUACUUCUGUUUAAUCUGAGAAAUCAAUCAGUGAAAACAAAAAAAGGAAACAUAAGGCAUGAAAAAAUAAGACUGUGACAAGUUGUCUGUCACAAAUAGAAACACCUGAAGAAGAAGCGGAGAGGAAGAUGAUCUCCUCUUCAGCUUCUCUUCGUAUUGAAUAUGAACCUGCUGCCUCGAGUUUCUGCAGGAGAGCAUUUUAAUUUAAACAGGAACACAAAGAAGAAACAGAAACAAAUGUCCUGAUGAGAAAACAAACUGUCCUGCGAUGAACAGACACUGUACGAAAUGUGUUCACACUUUAAAUGUCACAUUUUAAUGUAUUAUGAUGUUUGUGUAUUAUUUAAAGGUUCUGUAUGUAACUUCUUACAUGUAUUAUUGUUUUUAUUGCCAGUGGGUGAACUGGUUGUAACAUAACUUAAGACUUCCCCGUCUUUCUCUGUUGCCUCCAACAGCCUGUGGACUGACUUCUAUGUCAAAGACUUGAAUUAUCCAGGAAAAUCCAAAAAGGAUGUGACAUUACACGUUCCCAAGCCUCUCUUCAGCUAGCUCCAAAGCUAACAGUGAGCAAUAUUAGCUAAAGUAACACUAGGAAAUGGAGUCCGCUAACUUCAUGAUGGUCCAUGAUAAAACUUCACUCAGCGCCCUGUAGCAACUCGAACUCAGCCAGAGCAAGACCAAGCGCCCAAGCACCAAGGAUCUGAUCCCGGAGUCCUCUGUGGAUCAGCAAACCUUCUGUUGCUGCCUUUACAUGGUUAGACCCAGCAGUGUUGCUGACCACCACCAGCUUACUGUGAACCCUGUGUCUGGGGUUUGCGCUAGCUGAAAUCAAGUUGCAACAGCGCUAAGGUCUGAGCUGCCGUCCACUUUCCUGGAAAAUAGUGUCCUAGAGGUGGGCGUCUCAGGUUCGGUACUGAGGAAAAAAAACACUAACGUUAAAGGAACAGUGACAUGUAAAAUAUAUAGUGAUAAUGUGUUUUUAGUUGGCAGAGACGGACCUACAUUUAACAACUCAUUCAGCCAGAACAAGACAGAGUUCAGAGGGUCUGAUUUUGGACUGCUGUCUCAUCCACCUGACUCCACGCCAUCAGCAAAUCCUCUGUUGCUGCAGUUACACGGCUUAGACCCUGUGCUGCUGCUGGCCACAAUCCCGCUGUGAACCCGGAGGGUGGGGUUUGUACUAGCUGAAUUCAAAUUGGUACAGCACUAAGGUCUGAGCUGCCGUCCAAUUCCUCCAUGGGCGGUAGUGUCCUAGAGGCGAGGAGUGAGGUGAAGGGUCUGCAGACUGUGCUAGCUUACUAAUUCUUGUCUUAUUUGUGGUUUGAUCCAUUUAAUUCAUCGCCCCAUAUCAUAUUUUUAGCACCACCCACUGCUGAAAAGAAAUCCUGAUGUUAGAGGAAAACACUGAAAUAUGAAAUAUAGGAUUUAGACAGACUUAGGUACUAAGUCCAAGUGCAGGAGCCUCUCUGGCACAAACUGGAUCUUUAGUAACAUUUUUGCUAGCAAAAUACUAUCUGAGUGGAUAUGUCAGUUGGCUAGCUUCUUGCCAAAUUACUUCCCCAGCUAAUAUGAUCUUUGAUACUAACUUAAGUAUUAUGAUAAGUCAGGAAUGAUUAGGCUAUAAGCUAAUUGUAAACUGAGGAAGGGUUAGCCAGCUAGCUUCUGCUGUUGGUUGCUUCAUAGCGUUAGCUGAUAAAGUAAUUUUCAAACAGUAAAUUAUCAUUUAGCCUAUGGUCCAAAUGAAAUAUAGAAACAUUGGUAACAUUAUUAUAUGAUGGUUAUUUAUUUUGGUCAACGCCCAGGUGCCCGCUUGCAGCUACAGAGUACAGACAGUUAGCGUCCUCAGAGAGAGGGGUCACUGAUAACAAGAUUUAUGAAAGUAACAUACAGAACCUUUAAAGAUGACAUUACAGAGAUGUUACAGGGAAGACAAACAGUUCACCUGGACUGAAUUCAUCUUUUAUUUCAGUGUUACCAUCAGUGUGUUCACAAUCACAGCCAACAGGUUUAAACAAACAUUAAAUAUAAUCACAGCUUUCAGUUUCCCUCGUUCCACAACCUGAACUGAAGAAAACAAAAACAGAAACAUCUUAACUGUUGGACGGCUUGUGAUUAAAUGUGGUUUACUACUGACUUUUUAUGUGAAGGUUAACGGGCUUUCAGGCCAAUGGGACAUUUUUCAGGCUAUUGAGGUUUCUGAAUUAUGAGCUGUCGGAACAAUGACUGGUCCUUCUGACAAGACGUGAAAAUCAAUUGAUCAUUUUUAUCAUGUGACAACAGUUUUCAGUACCGUUGCUGUAUUAUCAAUAUUUUCAUCUUAGACAGUUGUGCCUUCACAUUUUGAGGAUAUGCAAAGAAACACACAACAAACAAAUAUACUGCAUGUAAUAAACUUAUUUAAAUCACACUCAGAUGCAGUUUUUGACUGUAAACAAUCAGACCUGGAGCCUGUUUCAUAAAGUAUGUGUGAGCACUGCUCAGCUCUCACAUGUUCGGACGUUGAAAAUAUAGUGUUUGAUUUGUGAAACAUGUCAACAUGAGGAGGGAUGUCACAUUUACUACAAAUAAUAUGCAUUUGAUGUUAUUUCCAAAACGAGCUUCUGAGUUUAACAUGUGUGUUUAACAAAACGAGCUUCUGAGUUUAACGUGUGUUUAACAUUGUGGGGUUUUUUUGUUUCAGCCACAGAUACUUGAAACCUGCCACAGAUCACAGAGACGAUGAGUCAAUUAACCAAUCAGAGGAAAAUGGGCCCAAAGAAAAUCACACUAACUGGGUCACUGAAAAAAAAAUCUUCUGAGUUCACACAGUACUCUCCCUGUCAUGUGACACUAUGGGGACACUUUCUCAUUUCAAUCUUCUUCUUUUCAAAUGUCGGUAAUACAUUUUGUGUCUGAAUUAUACAGUUUUCAUCUCUGUCACAGUGGCUAUUAUCACAGAGGCCUGGAAAGGCAACGUCCAGUUGGCAGGAGAUAGUGUCUUGUAUGUAUAGUAGCUACAAAAGUUUGGGCACCCCUGGUGAAAAUUUCUUUUACUGUGAGUAGUUAGGUAAGUAGAAGAUUAACUGAUCUCCAAAAGGCAUAAAGUUAAAAAUGAAACAUGAUUUUCAACAUG